AUGGUCUUGAAAUGCGACAUUCUCAUAGGAGUCAUGAGAGUGAUGCCGUUGACUCAUAAUCUCAGUGAAGAUAGCUAGGUCUGCUAUUCCUUACGCAGGGGGACAAUUCAAAUGCUUGCAGCAGACGCCUCAUGUUUGGUAUAGUGUCCAACGCAUGACUACGUUUAUGAAUAAAUUCGGCAUUUUAUUAUCUUCAUAUAUUCCUGAUAUCGAAGCUUACCCUCUAACUUCGGUCUUAAUAAGUUUGCUGAGAAUUAUUACCUGUAAAACAAUAAGUCAAAAGAGUGAGAAGAAGAGGAUAGUGAAUCGUGGGCGAUUCUCUCUCUCUCUUUCGUCUCUCGUGUCGAGGGUUGACAUCCCAACAGCCACCGCCAAGUCGUUUCUGAUCGCGAUUGGCGCGUUUUCGAUGGAUAGGUAUUAUUGUGAGAAUGGAAGGAUAAAUGAUAGUUAAAAGAGAUAAGAAGGCAUCCUGAAGAAGAUCGAACGGACAGUUUCAUACCUUUUUUGAUAAAGUUGAGUGUGAUUAUUGGCUCUCAGGUUUCACACAGCCAGGGUUUUCCGGAUUCAGACAGGUACGUAGGCCGGUAUGGGCAUUGGGCAUUGCAGCGAGUUCCCCUGGCUGUUAGAAACUCGCCGGAGAGACGACGGCAGUUAAGACGUCGCCGACGAGAUCACCACGGAGUCACAGGAAAAACCCAGCAGAAGGAACAAGGAAGACUAUCUCACUCUUCAAAACCUCUUACAGCCCUCUUUAAAUAAGGGAGCAAAAAGGGGGGAAAAGGAAUAACCGUAAGCAAUAAGCAACCUCUUACAGCCCUCUUACAGCUCUAGGCAGGUGUGCCUAGAGACGUGCAAGGCCUAUGCCGUUACGCGAAAAGACGUGCAAGGCUCCCCGUUCACAACACUGGCAUCCUCUCCGAGUAUACAUGACCAGUGGAGGCGUUCUAUCCCUCGGAUCAGGCGAUAAAUGCGGGUUGGUUUCAGCCCCCCCAGCACCCGCCAUUGCCGUCAUCGCCGUCAUUAUCAUACCUGUCAUCGCCGGCAUCUGAAUCAACCUCGGGGUCGAAACCUAUAUGGUGUUUCUCGUCCUUCGGUUUCUCACGGGGCAAGCCAGUGGCGGUAGCCCACCGCCUCUGUUCCCAUAAUAAGUAACCUUCUCAAUCCUAUUCGCUUUCUUGUCACGAUCACCGCAGGCAAAUAGGAUGAUGGACAUGACUGAGAGCGAGGUGGCCGCCAUGCAGAUCAGGAGCAGGAACCCAGGGAAGCUGGACAAUGAGCGGGCGCCAUUCUCAGCGCUUGAGACAAUCCCAAAAUCCCUCGUCAUCUAUUCUCCCCACUAG